CUCAAAUGUCUUCCAGUCCGUCUCUCCACUAACCCUUCGAGAAGCGCUAUCGUGGCUUGCCAGCAUUUAUGACCCACUUGGUACCGUCGCUGAAACCGUGCUCCGUGGCAAACUUGUACUUCGCUAUGCUCAUCGAUGUGGCAUCACAUUUGAUCAACUCUUACCAGGCCCUUUGUAUCGUGAAUUCUACAAAGUCUACCAAGCUCUCAA